UUAAAUGGGAUGAUCCCAGUGUUUGUGUGUGUGUCUGUCUGCCGUCCUGGGAGAGAUCCAGGAGCAGCGGAUGAAUCCCGCACUCAGGCGCUGAGGCUCCAGUCAGACUGACGCCGCUGCAUCCAAACACACGCGCCCGCUGAACACCUCCAGUCGGCGCGGGACCCAGCGCUCGGCGGCGCGGAGCUAUUAUUCGACCCGGCACACUGAGAUAAUCACCAUUGACCACCUGAAAAAAUCAUCCCUGUCAGGACGUUUCUCCUACACCCUUAUCUACAAAGAAACAAAUCAAAUCUCCUGCACUGAAGUGAUUUAAAACCAAUCCGUCCCACGAUGCACUCCUCUACCUCCAUCACAUCGCUCUUCUCCUUCACCAGUCCAGCUGUGAAGCGUCUGCUCGGCUGGAAACAAGGAGACGAGGAGGAAAAGUGGGCCGAAAAGGCUGUCGAUUCCCUCGUGAAGAAGCUGAAGAAGAAGAAGGGAGCGAUGGAGGAGCUGGAAAAGGCUCUUAGCUGUCCAGGUCAGCCCAGUAAAUGUGUGACCAUCCCUCGCUCUCUGGACGGGAGGCUCCAGGUGUCUCAUCGGAAAGGUUUACCUCAUGUUAUUUACUGUAGAGUGUGGCGCUGGCCCGACCUUCAGUCCCACCAUGAGCUCAAAGCGCUCGACUGCUGCGAGUUUCCUUUCGGAUCCAAGCAGAAGGAGAUCUGCAUCAACCCGUAUCAUUACCGCCGCGUCGAGACGCCAGUUCUACCGCCAGUACUAGUGCCCCGUCACAGUGAGUUCAACCCUCAACACAGCCUGCUGGCCAAGUUCAGAAACGCUUCCCUCCACAACGAGCCUCUGAUGCCCCAAAACGCCACUUUUCCUGACUCCUUCCCUGCGAUGCCCUGCAGCUCCUUCUCUUCAUCUCCCUCCAGCUCUUUAAACCCAUCGCCUGCCGCGCACAGCUUCCCAAACUCACCCAGCAGUGCCACCGAGCCCGGCAGCCCUUACCAAAUCACAGAGACGCCUCCUCCACCGUACAGCAUGAUGGAGAGCAGUCCGUCUGAAGACGUGAAGCCCGGAGAGUCUUCAGAGAAUAAACUCAUCCUGACGGCUCCACAAAGAGACUUGAGGCCAGUGUGUUAUGAAGAACCAGAAUAUUGGUGCUCGGUGGCGUAUUACGAACUCAACAACAGGGUCGGUGAGACAUUUCACGCCUCUGCCCGAAGCAUCUUAGUGGACGGUUUCACAGAUCCAUCAAACAACAAGAACCGCUUCUGUCUCGGCCUGCUGUCCAAUGUCAACCGCAACUCCACAAUCGAGCACACUCGCAGACACAUAGGCAAAGGUGUGCACUUGUAUUACGUGGGAGGAGAGGUGUACGCAGAGUGUCUGAGUGACUCCAGUAUUUUCGUUCAGAGUCGGAACUGUAACUAUCAGCACGGUUUUCACCCCACCACCGUCUGCAAGAUUCCGAGUGGAUGCAGCCUGAAGAUCUUCAACAACCAGCUGUUUGCCCAGCUGCUCUCACAGUCGGUAAACCACGGCUUCGAGGUGGUGUAUGAGCUCACCAAGAUGUGCACCAUCAGGAUGAGUUUCGUCAAGGGCUGGGGAGCCGAGUACCACCGUCAGGACGUCACCAGCACCCCCUGCUGGAUAGAAAUCCACCUGCACGGACCCCUGCAGUGGCUGGACAAAGUUCUGACCCAAAUGGGCUCCCCACACAACCCCAUUUCCUCAGUGUCCUAAUUCAUUGCAGGAGACUAUUCUCCAAUAGACUUUAUAGCCAUGCAAGACACAUAGCACUCUUUCUCUCUCUUGUGAAAAUAUCUGUCUUUUAGUGGAUGUUUAUGGUACCGUUAUAGGAUCAGCCAGUAAAUACGUACAAUAUCAUGCUGUUAACUAAGCAGUUGUGUUAUUAGAUAAGUGUUGCAUUGUUUUAAAUGGAUACAUAAAAAAACAGUACUACUUGACAGUAUGUAAUAGCUGAC